AUGGAUGAGAGUGAAGAGAGGAGGAAAGCUAGGGAUAACAAGAAGAUGGCUAAGGAAGUACAGUCUCAGAGGAUGAAGGAGAGGGCUAAGCAGAAGAAAGAUGAAAUUGAAUCUGUGAAGAAGUGGAGGAAACAAAGGCAGCAGAGUGGGUUUAGUGAGAAAGGUGCGGGGGAGCUUGAUCUUGAGUUUGGUAAUGGGAAGAGUUUUCAGAGAGGUGGUGGUGGUAAGAAGAGACCAGGUGUGUCUCCUGGUGAUAGAUCAGGGGGUAAAGGGAAGUCUGCUUCGAGGAUGAAUAAUAAGAAGAGGGAGUUUAGGGAUUCUAAGUUUGGUCAUGGUGGUAGGAAGGGUUUGAGCAAACAGAAUACUGCAGAGACGACUAGUGAUUUCAAAGCGGGUUUCAUGGAGGGAAAGCUGGUGGCAGCAACAAGAGACAGAAGAGAUAAAUUAAGAAACGGUUUGAUCAUCUAA